AUGUUGGUUUUGAAUUCGAGUAUUCGAAUUAACAAACUAUCUUCUUGUAUUUAUAUCCCAUUAUCUUCGCCUACAAACCCAUCAGCGUUGUUUAAUUAUUCAUUCAGUUGUGAAGAGUGUUUAUGCUAUAAAUAUAGUUCAGCGAGUAAUUCUGUUGCGAUGAAUUGUUUGACCAACGCACAUUUAUGUCAAUUCUAUUCAAAUUAUGCAAAUAAUUAUUCGAUUGUAUGGAAUUCGACAAGUGACUUUUACUUUUUCCAACCAUUACCAUCGAUGAUCACCACGCCAACGAUGACAUCAACUUCGCCAAAUCCGGAAAUUAUGUCGACUGAUGUUACUAUUCCAUCAGCAGUGUCGACAACAUCCUCGACUUCGUAUCAAUGUGGUAAUAUGACAGUUCUUAUUGGCUAUGAUUUCUACGGUCAUGAUUUGGCUUUAGCUACUGCUCCAGACUACACCACUUGUUGCCACUGGUGUCAAAGUAACAGUAGUUGUACUACAUUUACAUGGAUUGUGCCAACGGGAGGCGGAACUAGCUCAACUUGUUAUCUCAAAACAGGCCAUACAUCACCGUCUAACAAUUCGAGACUUGUCAGUGCAUAUAAAUAA